AUGAACCCAACACCUCCAGCCUCGGCACGGUCGCAAGCCCCAGCCGUCGAUCCUGUCAAGAAAAGCGAUGUCGCUGUAAGCAAAGAAGUUGAGGCUGACAUUGAAGGUGAGGAAGACGAUGAGAUUACCCAAGAAGACGAUGAGGAUGCCGACGCCGACGCCGACGCCGACGCCCAAGACGAUGAUCUAGACGAUGACGAUGAUGUCGAAAACUUCACCACCUCCGAAAUCGUCACCGUCUUCGUUGGCCCGAAGCGCAAGCGAUUCUUCUUGCACCGAGAACUCAUCUGCGAACGCUCUCCCUUUAUGGAAAAAUGCUUGAAGAAAGGCCACUUUGACGAAGGCUACAAAAACGAACUAUACCUACCCGAGGAUGACCCAAAGGCUUUUUCCAUCAUCGUCGAUUGGAUUUACCGGAGUCGCAUCCCACAGCGGACAGAUCCACACUUCGAUGUCUCCGACAUGUCCGCAGCUUACUGCAUGGCCGAUAAGUUCGUGAUGGAGGAACUUCAGAACAGCAUCAUGGAUGGCAUCCGUGCAAGCCUCAGCAGGAAGGAGGGAGAAUUGUGCAAGACGCCUCACUUUUCCGCACUGGCUCUCACACAUCUCACCGGCCCUCCUAAGUCUCCACUCAAACGGUUCCUGGUUGAACACAUGGUGCAUCAUAUGAUGAAGCAUCCGAGGUGGUACCAUGAAUUGAAACGCAACGAGCCCUCCCGCGUGGAUGUGGAAGAGCUGUUCAAGAUUCCCGAUCUGGUCUUCUACAUUAUGAAGAAGAUCUGGCAAUUCCAGGCCGAGCCAUGGAAAGAUCCAGCUACCUGGGAUAAAUGCUGCUACCAUGUCCACGCCACUACAGUAUGCCAGGUUAAAGUUCCUCCAGCUCCUAUGAAACCGACCCUCAAGCACGGUGUCGGUAUGGCCUCAUCAGGCUUGCAUGGUCAUAACUUGCGACCUGGUCACGGCCCUUGGCCUGGAAGCGCCCUGGGUGGUGUCUGGAAUCCUGGUGUCGGCUGGUAG